AUGACUUUUACCAACCGUGCAGCUUGGCUACCAGCCGAGAAGGCGAAUCCUCUGGUAGUGGAAUCCGCGCCAACGCCCGAUCCGUCGGAGGAUGAAGUAGUUAUCAAGGUUGCAUACGCGGCAGUCAAUCCGGCCGAUUGGAUGAGCCAGGAUAGUGCCCUGCCACCACACAUCAAAUUCCCAUUCAUUCUUGGACUCGACGUUGCCGGAACAGUGGUGCAGCUUGGCUCCAAUGUGACUCGAUUCAAGGUGGGACAAAGAGUGAUUGGUCACUGCGAUGGCCUCGCUACUGCCAAGGCCUCCAAUAUGGGGUUUCAACUCUACUCAACCACCCGGGAGAUCUUUGUCUCGGCGAUUCCUGACUCCCUGCCGCUGGAAAAUGCCGCAGUUCUCCCGGUGUCCAUCUCAACUGCUGCUACUGCAUUAUUCGUUGAACUUAAACUUCCAUUUCCAUCACUGAAUCCAAAGCAACUGGGUCGGAGAAUUCUGGUGUGGGGAGGAAGCUCAUCUGUUGGAUGCAGUAUGAUCCAACUUGCAGUGGCUGCUGGUCUGGAGGUUGUCACCACAGCUAGUCCCGCCAAUCAUGAUCUCAUGAGAUCACUCGGGGCGUCACAAGUAUUUAAUUAUCACGAUUCUGAUGUCACUGAUAAGCUCCUAGCAGUCCUCAAGGCCGGUGAUCUUGUCAUGGAUGCUAUCAGUACUGAAAAUACACAGACGAAAUGUGGAGAGAUACUUGGAAGACUUGGAGGGGGUACACUUCCAGUGACGCAACCCCAAGCAGGCACAUUCCCUGACAACGUGAAUGUCGUUUUCGGUAAGAUCUCUACAAUCAUUAGAGUGGCGUCUACUAACCAGCCUACAGUCAUUUGUAUUCAUCUGGGGUUUACAGCUCUUGAAGUGGGGAACGCAGUCUGGCGAGAAUACAUUCCCAAGGCACUGGCUGCCGGGCAAUUUCAAGCAAAGCCAGAUCCCGUUGUCAUUGAAGGUGGACUUGAGAAAGUACAAGAGGGUAUUGACAUUCUACGGAAAGGUAUUUCGGCUAAGAAGAUUGUGAUGAAUCUGUCCUAG